CCGCACGCCGAAUCCACUCCCUUCGGAGUCCACACUCCCAUCUCUCGCUUCCUCAAAAUCUCAUGGAGUCUCAUCAAGAACCCCUAAUCGAAACCCUCGACAAAACCCUAGAACCGUCCAAAGAGUCCUCCUCUCCUACCCCCUCACCUUCUCUCCCGCCUCAGGCGGAGCAGACAGCGAGACGCCGCGGCGAUGGCGGCGGAAGCGAGGAACCCACGGACGCGAAGCCGGCGGCCUCGGAGAUCUGCGAUAUCGAGAAGAAGCAGCGACGCGCUGAGAGGUUUGGGGUCCCGUUUCAGCUUUCUGAAGAGGAGAAGCGCAGUUCUCGUGCGGAGCGGUUUGGUACUGGAUCGGCCUCAUCCGAGAAAAAUAAUUCUCACAAACUAGAGGAGGAUAAAAGGAAGGCCCGGGCUGAGAGGUUUGGGCUUACUGGACAGUCACCAACUGAAGAAGAAUCGAAAAAGAAAGCUCGUCUAGAAAGGUUUUCAGCAAGUCCAAUACCGGUUACUCCAGAAGAAGAAGAAAAGAGAAAGGCAAGAGCCCUGAGGUUUUCAGGAACACCUAAUGCGGCAUCUGAAGCCAGUGAACAAGCUAAUUCUGAACUGAAAGCAGAGGUUGCUGAGGCCAAAGAAGAGGCCUAACUCUGCAGUGCUAAGUUUGGUUGAAAGUCUCUGGAUAAUGCUGCUUUUCGAGUCUAGACUAUCAUCUGGAGCUUGUCGUUGCGAAUGAAGUUGACCAGGACAUGUAAUAGAUGACCACAAACUGCAACUUACAUGUUUUUCUGAGGAUGUAUUAGUGAUUCAGAGAUAGUUUUUGCUGGUUUAAACUCUUGACUGAACACAGCAAGGGCAUCUGUAGCAAUAUAUUUCGUAACUGAUGAUACGAGUAUCUCACGUUCGAGGUUGCAUGGGUUGUCACGUGUGAUUAAAAUUCCCAACUUUUGCUGGCAUUUUUUCUUGAUAAGAAAUAAGUUCCGUCGAUAAACUAA